AUGGCGAACGACAGCCUCCGAGCGUUCCUGGUCCUCCUCGUCGCGAAGGUCUGCCUCCUCGUGGCGAUGGCGGCGUCGGCGGUGCAGGGCAGGCCUGGGCCUAGGCCCACGGCGCUGGGAUCAGUUCCCGCGUGCUGCUUCUCCCACCCCGAGUGCUGCUACGACCUUGCCAGCCCUCCGGGUGAUCUAGCGUGA